CCUCCUCCUCUUUUCUUCCAGGCGGCAAUCCCUCAAAAGCCACGCUCCGCCCGUGGGAGGCUGCUGCUCCUGCUGCCUCUUUGCCUGCUUCCUCUCUCUCUCUUCCUCCUUCUCUCUGCUCUUCUCUCCUCUCGUUCUCCUCUUCCGCGGGUGUGGAGGGAGCCCUGGCGCCGCGGAUCCGGAUCCUCGCCCUUCGGACACCGCCAUGGAUUCGGAUUCCGGGGAACUCAGCGACGGGGACCUGGUCCCUCCAGCAGGUCCUGAAAAUUUCAGCUCCAAGAGCCUUGCGCUUCAAGCCCAAAAGAAGAUCUUGAGUAAAAUGGCCACCCGGACAGUGGCCAACAUGCUGAUCGACGACACCAGCAGCGAAAUCUUUGACGAGUUGUACAAAGUGACGAUAGAGCACAUGAAAAACAAGAAGGAAGCGCACAAGAUCAUGAAGGACUUGAUCAAAGUCGCCGUCAAGAUUGGGAUCCUCUACCGAAACAACCAGUUCAACGCCGAAGAGCUGGAGAUCGUGGAGAAGUUCCGCAAGAAGCUGAACCAAGCCGCCAUGACGAUUGUCAGUUUCUACGAAGUGGAGUACACCUUCGACAAAAACGUUCUUUCCGAAAUCCUGAAGGAAUGCAAAGACCUUGUGCACGAACUUGUAGAGCGGCACCUGACGGCCAGGUCUCACGCGCGGAUCAACCACGUCUUCGACCAUUUUUCAAACGUGGAGUUCCUCACCGCCCUCUAUAGCCUUGAUGCCGAAUGUCGGCCGCACCUCAAAAAAAUCUGCGACGGGAUCAACAAACUCCUUGAUGAGAAAGUCCUUUGAAACUGGCCUUUAGCAACAAAAGACUUGAGUGAGAGCUGACAACGGAAAGUCAACGCAAACAAACCCAUGAGAGUGGGCUCCUUUAUACAACCCCAAAACAGAAACUCUUGAUUCCAAAUCACUUGCUAUUAGUAGAAUGCAGAAAUGAUCCACAAUCGAGUCAACAAAGAAACAAGAUAUUUAAGGAUAUAGUUUGUGAAGGGCAAAGGACAUUACAUACCCAUGAUCUCAUCAGUGCCAUGUAGUUAGGAGUAAAAGAUCUACGUCAAGCCAAAAGACUUACUCCGUUCAUUCUGCAGAAGAAUGAAGCCAUAAGAUGGUUAUGAUUAAUGUCUUGGAGGCGGGGAGGGCAUAAAAACCUCCAUUUUCAAACAUAAAUAACACCGGAUGCGGGCCCCUUGGGCUUUUUUCUCAGACCCUCCUCUCUCUCACCAUCCUAUCAUUCAUUCCUUCUCUCUUUCUUUACGCCUUCCCUCCCUCUUUCUCCUUCCCUUCCACCCUUUCGUCUUUCCUUUCUUCCCUCUUCCCUCCCUUUUUCCUUCUUUGCUUACCUUCCUUCUCUUUCCUCCCUUUCUCUUUUCUCCCUUUCCAUUCCCUCCAGCCUUUCAUCCUUCCUUCCUCUUUCCUUUCUCCUUCCCUCCCUUUCUCCCUCCCUUGUUCCCUCUCAUUCAUCCUUCCUUCCUUCCUUCCUUCCUCCUUUCCUCCCCUCUCCCUCUUUUCCUUUAUUCCUUCCCUUUUGUCUUUCCUUCCUUCCUUUCCUUCCUUCUAUCUUUCCUCCCCCUUUCCUAUUCUCUCUCCUUCCAUUCUUCCUUACACUCUUUCAUUCUCCCUUCCCCUUCCCCUUCCCAUCCCUUUCUUCCUUCCCUUUCUUUCCUUCCCUCUUUCACCCUUCCUUCCUCUUUCCUUUCUUCUUCCCUCUCUCCCUUCCUUCCCUCCCUCUUUCUCCCUCCCUCCUUCUCACUCACUUUCGUCCUUCUUUCCUCCUUUCCUCCCCUCUCCCUCUUCAUUCCUUCCCUUUUGUCUUUCCUUCCUUCCUUUCCUUCCUUCUCUCUUUCCUCCCCCCUUUUCUUUUCUCUCUCCUUCCAUUCUUCCUUACACUCUUUCAUCCUCCCUUCCCCUUCCCUUCCCUUCCUUCCCUUUCCUUCCUUACUUCCCCUUCCUUCCUUCCUUCCUUCCUUCCUUCCUUCCUUCCUUCCUUCCUUCCCUUUCUUUCCUUCCCUCUUUCACCCUUCCUUCCUCUUUCCUUUCUCCUUCCCUCCCUCCCUCCCUUCCCUCUCUCUUUCUCCCUCCCUCCUUCCCACUUACUUUCGUCCUUCCUUCCUCCUUUCCUCCCCUCUCCCUCUUUUCCUUCCUUCCCUUUUGUCUUUUCUUCCUUCUCUCUUUCCUCCCUCCCCUUUCUCUUUCUCCCUCCUUCCAUCCCUUUACACUCUUUCAUCCUCCCUUCCUUCUCUCUUUCCUUCCUCCCUUCAAGGUGGGGGGAAAGCGCCCUUUGUAGAUUAACUAUAAAUCCCACCAACUACAACUCCCAAAUGACAAAAUCAAUCCCCCCAACUCCAUCAGUAUUUAAAUUUGGGCAUUUUGGGUAUUUGUGCCAAAUUUGGAGAGUGUGCAAGGCUGGAGAGAGUCUUGCGUCCCUUCCAGGUGGGGGGAAAGUGUCCUUUGUAAUUAACUAUAAAUCCCAGAAACUACAGCUCCCAAAUGACAAAAUGAAUCCCUUCCAACCCCACCAAUAUUCAAAUUUGGUCGUAUCGGGUAUUUGUGCCAAAUUUGGUCCAGUGAAUGAAAAUAUAUCCAGCAUAUGAGAUAUUUACCUUACUAUUCACAACAGUAGCAAAAUUACAGUUAUGAAGUUGUAACAAAAAUAAUGUUAUGGUUGGGGGUCACCACCACAUGAGGAAGUGUAUUCAGGGGUUGAGGCAUUAAAAGGUUGAGAAACACUGCUUUACAUCAACAAAAGCAUGUCCUUGACAGAAGUCAUGGCACAAAAUAGUUAGAAAUAAAUGGAAUCUUUUGUUUGUAACUACUCUGAAGGAGGGAGAGGGUGCCUGCUUAUGUUCAUAUUCAUGUGCUGCUAAAUUGCAGUUGUGUUAUUAUUACUGGCCAUUCUCCAUCCUACCAAGACCUUACACCAUUGCUUUCAGUAAGUCCAUUCACAUAGAAGUUGGGUGGGAUAGGACAAAAGGGGCUACUGGGGAAUUUGGAAGAAUACAGGAAGGGAAAGGAAGAUGUUAACAUCUUUCUCUUCUUGGUGUUUGAACUUGUGCUACUUUUAGUAAAAUAUCUUUCUCUUGAUAUUUAUAUAGGACUUGAGAGCCUUACGGAGUGGGAGGGGAACUCAUAUGCAUCCCUCAUGCUGGUAUCUGAUGUAUAUUCUGUGUUUACUUUUAUAUCAGUGCGUUCACAAUGUUCAACAACCCGUUCCAAAAUAUCAGUCGCGUCUGAGUCAGACACAAAGCGUGUGUGUUGUAUUAUCAUAAAGGAUCCAUUAAAUGACUUGUGAUCAAGCAA